AUGCCGGAACUCACCGCGUUCGAUGCAAUCGGUGGAUUACUCAAAGCCUCCACGGGAGGGAUCGCGGUUUUUGGUGUCGGCGCGGUCGGGGUCAUAGGCGUCGCCUCGUUUGCCGCGAACGUGUCCAAACAAUUCAUCAGAGACGGCGGCGAGAAGAAAGAGAAAACGAAAGGGAAAAGGGAAAUUCUGUUGGAGGAACUGAACGCGUUGAAAGAAGGCGAGGACACGUGGGGGAACAGACGAAGGCAGAGGGAAGUUAAAGGAGAGCUGAAGAAGCUCGUGGACGAGAUGUAG